AUGGUUAUUGAUAAUAUUCAUGGACUUAGUCAUCCAAGUGCUAGGGCCACUAUCAAAUUGGUGACUGAGGGGUAUGUAUGGCCGGGCAUUAGGAAGGAUUGCCGGAAUUGGGCGCGCUCGUGUAUCUCAUGCCAGAGAUCGAAAGUAUCGAGACACGUACACGCCCCUAUCCAGAAUUUUAAGUUUCCUACGGCCCGUUUCUCUCACGUUCACGUAGACUUGAUAGGUCCACUUCCCGUCUCUGAUGAUUACCGAUACUGCUUCACAGCUAUAGAUAGGUUUACCAGGUGGCCGGAGGCAGUGCCGUUAAAGGAUAUCAGAGCGGAGAGUGUAGCAAAAGCUUUUAUAUCAUCGUGGAUAUCACGUUUUGGUUGCCCAGAAAAGGUAACCACAGAUAGGGGGAAACAGUUUGAAUCUCAUCUUUUCAGGCAGAUAUCAGCGCUUAUAGGUUCACGACAUAUACAAACUACUGCGUAUCACCCGGCUGCCAAUGGUCUAGUGGAACGCUUCCAUCGACAACUUAAGGCAGCUAUUAUGUGUCACGCAGACGAGAACUGGACUGAGAAACUUCCACUUGUACUUCUGGGUAUUUGUAGUGCAUGGAAGGAUGAUUUGUCUGCUUCUAUUGCUGAACUAGUUUACGGAGAACCGCUUAAGUUACCCGGCGACUUGUUUGAACCGACGGCUGAUAGACUGACUGACUACACCGACUUUCUGGACAGGUUGCGUUUACAUAUGAAAAGGUUACAACCUACACCAGUUACUGGACAUGGUACACGUAAAAUCUUCGUUUUUAAAGAUUUAGCGACUGUUUCACAUGUAUUUUUAUGA